CUUUCCGCAUUGCAGCCCUAGCCCAACGCCCGACAGCUUGUUACUGUACCUCCAACCACGAGCCACAACCGCCAUUCACCGCUUCUGUCAGGGCUACCGUCUCUCUAUCGAGUCAGGGAGCCACAAUAGACGGUCACGCGUAUUGCACCUUCCUAAUCGUGGAGGUACACGCAUGCAGAGGCUCCUUGUAGAAGACCAGCUGACGGACAUGCCAUCGAACACCUGCAGCCAUGACUUCCACCAAAAACGACAAACUUCGAGAGGUCACGACAUGAAUUUUGCGCAGCUCUGCUCUCCCCUCCUCCGCUAUCGGAGCUCCUAGAGAAAUACUUCUCCUCCAGCAACCCCAAAAUCACUGAGCAUGGUCCAGAGUGGGCACGCAAACGCCUACCAUUUCUCGCAAAGACCUUCUCAGGCAAGGAUAGCUGUGAGGGGUACUUUAAGCUGAUGGGUGGCACCCUCGAGAUGUCUUUAGACAAGGAUGCCUUUCCAGAUGCUAAAGGAUUCAUUGUGGAUGCCGAUGCCAACGCCGUGACUGUGGUAGGCAACGGUCACUUUUCCAGCAGGAAGACAGGCAAGGGUUGGGAUGAGCAUUUCAUUCACAAGUUCAGCGAGUUCGACGAGCAUGGCAAGAUUGGGCACAGGGAGAUUUGGGCGGAUCAAUUGAGCGCUUUGGUUGCUGUUGGCGAGUGAACGCUAUGUGUGUAACUUGGCAAGACGGCGUACCAUACAAACGAGCAUUGCAGUGACUGUUGCCUCCUGGCGAUGUCCGGCCGUCAUGUUUCCUCGACGGUGUGCUGGGCGCUCACCUCGACCCCGCACCGUCAUCACAGAAGUACGGCUGCACCGAGGCUAAUAACCGGUCGACUUGAGCAAAAUCAAUGACAUGUAGUGUAGCAAUCGCAAU